CAUCAACCCACCUUCAUCCUGCUGGCCAUUCCUGGCUUAGAGACAGCCCAUGUCUGGAUCUCCAUCCCCUUUGCAGCCAUGUACACAAUAGCUGUUUUGGGGAAUUUCACCAUUCUGUUCAUUGUGAAGAGGGAGCCGAGCCUCCAUGAGCCCAUGUUCUAUUUCCUCUGCAUGUUGGCCAUCACUGACAUAGUCCUGUCCACAUCCAUUCUGCCCAAAACGCUGAGCAUCUUCUGGUUCAGUUCCAGGGAGAUCGAUUUCAAUGCCUGCCUCACCCAGCUGUUCUUCAUUCACUGCUUCUUCGUGAUGGAAUCUGGGAUCUGCGUGGCCAUGGCGUUUGAUCGCUACGUGGCCAUCUGCCAUCCCCUGAGACAUUCCACCAUCCUGACUAACCCCGUGGUGGCCAAGAUGGGCCUGGGUGUGGUGCUACGCAGCAGCAUGCUAGUGCUGCCCUGUGUCCUCUUGGUGAGGAGGUGGCCGUAUUGCAGAACCAACAUCAUACCCCAUACUCACUGUGAGCACAUGGCCGUGGUGAAAUUGGCCUGUGGCAACACCCAAAUCAGCAGUUACUACGGCCUCUUUGUGAUGUUCUGUGUGAUGGGGCUGGACGUGUUUUUUAUUGCUGUGUCUUAUACCCAGAUCCUCAGGUCCAUCUUCAGCCUCCCCACGAAGGACGCCCGGCUCAAGACCUUUGGGACCUGCGGGUCCCACAUUGGUGUCAUCUUAGCCUUUUACAUUCCAGGUCUCGUGUCUUCUCUCAUGCACCGGUUUGGCCAGAAUAUGCCCCUGCAUUUCCACAUUCUUAUUGCCAACAUGUACCUCCUUGUGCCCCCUACACUAAACCCCAUCAUCUAUGGGGUGAGGACCAAACAGAUAAGGGGCAGGAUCCUGCGCCUGCUUGGUCACAAAGGGAUGAAAGUUCUCUCCUAG